GUGUGUGUGUGUGUGUGUGUGUGUGUGUGUGUGUGUGUGUGUGUUUACACAGACGGGAAUUCUGAGCCGAAGGAAGUGCGCCGGUUCUCCGUCUGCGCGUCCUAACUUCCUGCUCUGGGUUGGACAGAGAGGCUGCAGACCCGCUCUCAGACAGCAGCAGCAUGGAGCCAAGACACCUCAGACGCACACCGCUGUAGACUCAAACACACACAUCCCAGACGGACAGAGGUCCACAGCAGGAUCGCCCGUCUCUCCGGUGUCCCCUCUGAUGGAGAGCUCCAUCACUCUCUGGCAGUUUCUGCUGCAGCUGCUCAUCGACCAAAGCCACAAACAUCUGAUCUGCUGGACGUCCAACGACGGCGAGUUCAAGCUGCUGAGGGCAGAGGAGGUGGCCAGGCUGUGGGGGCUGCGCAAGAGCAAGACCAACAUGAAUUAUGACAAGCUGAGCCGAGCCCUGCGUUACUACUACGACAAGAACAUUAUAAAGAAGGUGAUCGGCCAGAAGUUUGUCUACAAGUUUGUGUCAUUCCCUGAGAUCCUGAAGAUGGACCCUGCAGUGGUGGAGUCGGGCCACAGUGAGGAAGGCGGGGGUGCCAUGUCAGAGCCUGAGGCUGAAGACGAGGAUGGGGGUGGGAAGAACAAAUACCUCCUCUCGGGCCUGUGUUCCUCCUUCCCUGUCAGCUCCCUGCAGCCCCCCUUUGAACCGCAUCAUCCCAUCAAGACAGAACCCCGAGCCAAUCGCAACAGCGACCACUCCUCCGUCAUCAGAUUCGUAACAAACCGUGGUCACUCCUCCCUGCCCUCCACCCCACCCCCAUCCUCCACUGAGACCUCUGAUUUCUCCAGACCGUCUCCUCGGCAGGCCCGUUCUUCCUCCUGCUGUUCCUCCCCGCCACAGAGCCCUGCCCACAAACAGUGGAGGGGGCAGGGCCAGAGCUCAGAGACUGAUGAGUUCGAGCUGACUGCUCAGCCUCUGAACCUGUCCUCCGGUCAGAGGGAAAGGGAGAGGUCACAGGGGGCAACAGAGAGGAGUAUUUUGGCCAAUAGAAGAAAACACAAAGGCUUGGAAAUCUCUGCCUCCUCUCUUCUGCUGACAGGAAGUGACCUUGUCUCUCUUGCCCUGAACAGCCCGGCGCUGCCUUCAGGCUCCCUGACCUCCGCCUUCCUCACCACACAGGCUCCAUCUGGUCUGCUGCUCACUAGUUCUCUGCUCUCCAAUAUCCAUUUCUGGUCAAGCCUGAGCCCAGUGGGACCCCUCAGCCCUGCACAACUGCAGAGCCAUGCCCAGUUCUUUCAGGGUUUCAAAAUAGGUCACAGAUGUUUCCGUUCUAAUGUGGACAAAAAGAGGGGGCAACUUCCUGUUGGCUAAGGGGAGCAGACAGUUCCCCUCGCUGCUGAACGGACACCUCCCUCUGCCUUUCCCCAGCGUGGACUCUCCCUCUCCUCUGCAGCUCUCUUCCAUUUCCCAUCAGUCCUGAUACCAGCUGGAGCUAGCAGAGGGAAGUGGGCCACAUCAAACGUCAGCCUCAGACCCUGACCAGCUCUACCUGGAAGCUGUUCUCGCUCUCAGCAGUAUUUGUAUACUUAUAGAGACAUUUCAUUGUGUGUAGUGUGGACACUACACUGUUGUUUGGCAUUUUCUUUCAAGCAAAGACAUUUACCAGAGGUCAGACCUCAUUUCAUUUUACAUGGUUUAAACUUCAGUGAUACAAACUGGUUACUAUUUAAUCAGUGUUUCCCUCUUACUCCCCAUGCCCUGCUAACAUCCUCACAUGGACCCAUCAACAGGGAUCGACGAAUCUAUAUAAUUUAUAGACUCUAGUACAUCUUCCUCGGAAACAAAUGAACUUCCUUGUCUUUUUUUGUUUGAUACCACUGAGGUAAACUGUCUGGAAGCUAAACAUGAAGUGUCAGCCUGGGAACAGGAAAUAGACUGGUUUAUCCUGUCCAAAUGUUGCAAAAUGUAAACACAGCAGCACAACUAAUUCAUAUCUAUGUCAAUUGUCAAGAUGUUAAAACAAUCAUUUGUAGUUUUAUAAGUGACUGAAUGUUGUAACCCCUCCCUGGCCAAGGUAUGGACAAAUUACCUCUGUAAAAACUACAAUGUGUCAAACCCACCUGGUGUUAGAAUGCCAUGAAAUUCACAAGCCUGUUAGCUACCAAAUAUGUACAGUUUUGGAUGUAACAACAGUCAGCUAUUGUCUCUCCCCCUCACCUAGCAGAGCCCUGCGGUCUUCAUGAUGUUUUCUGUAUGGUUUUGACUGUGAACCUUUUUUUAAUCAUGUUUGUUUCAGUGAACUUGUCAGCCUUGUACCAGCUGUGCCUUCAAUAUCGUGUGACAUGUAAAUGUACAGUAUUAUUCUUUAUACCAGGUUGUGAAACAUUGUAAUUAAGAGAAAUAUAUUCUCAGUGAUUUGCUUUUGAUUUGUCUAUUCAACUGUCAAUGUUUUGGAAUAAAUGGAAUUACUUUUCAAAAUAA